AUGUCCAUACUCAUUCCGGUUGCUGUUCUACUAUUCUUAGUUUAUAUUCUAUCCUUUUAUGAUCAUGUCCGACUGAUGAGAAAGUUCUGGAUCUAUGGAGGAAAGAUGCCCGGUCCUCCAGCUCAUCCAAUCUUUGGAAAUGCGUCAUUGUUCAAAAAUAAGACAACAGAAGAUUUUGUGGAAAUAUUCGUGAAUUUGGCCAAUGAGGCGAGAGCGAAAGGAGCAAACUUGAUGAGAACUCAAGUUAUGAAUAGGAUUUAUGUGUGGCCACUCAAUGGUAAAACGGCUGCGACAAUUCUCGAAUCAUCCACUGAAAUGAAUAAAGGAGAUGACUACUCUUUUCUGGUUCCAUGGCUUGGUGGAGGAUUGUUGAUGGCACAAGGGGAAAAAUGGAAGAACCAUAGGAAAAUGUUGACACCGGCAUUCCAUUUCGCAAAGUUGGAAGGUUAUUUGGAUGUGUUCAAUCAGGAAUCAAAAGUUUUGAUAGACUGCAUUGAAAAGGCGAUGGAGACUCAGGAAAUGAUAGAUUUAUUCCCAUUUUUCAAACGAUGCACACUGGACAUCAUUUGUGGAACUGCGAUGGGAAUCAAGUUUGGAGCUCAACUAGGAAAAAAUCAUGAAUACGUGAAGGCUGUCGAAGGAUUCAAUAAACUAACGGUUGAAUACUCAUUGAACCCUUUUCUCUGGAACAAAUUCGUUUACUGGGCUCUCGGAUAUCAAAAAAUGCACGAUGACUUCUUGCUCACAUUGAAAAAGUUCACCAACGAUGCGAUUGUUGAAAGAAGAGCAGCUAUUGCUUCCGGAGAAGUUGAAAAAGAGACUUCGAAAAGGAAAAUGAACUUUUUGGAUAUUUUAUUGAGCAGCGAAGAAUCCAAUGAACUGACUUCUGAAGAUAUUAGAAAAGAAGUCGACACAUUCUUGUUUGCUGGACACGAUACAACAUCCACUUCUCUGUCCUGGUUGUGUUGGAAUCUGGCGCAUAAUCCAGAUGUUCAAGAGAAUGUGUACAGAGAGAUUCUGACAGUUUUCGGAGAAGAUCCGAAUGAAGAUGUCACAUCAGAGAAGAUCAAUCGAAUGGAAUAUACUGAAAGGGUUAUGAAGGAAUCCAAACGAAUGUUUGCACCAGUUCCAGGAGUGCAGAGGAAGUUAACAAAGGAUAUUGUGAUAGAUGGGAUAACGAUACCUUCUGAAGGAAACAUCACAAUCUCCCCGACAGUUCUUCAUUGCAAUCCAUACAUUUACGAGAAACCAGAAAAAUUCGAUCCUGACAGAUUUCUUCCGGAAGAAUGUGCAAAAAGACAUUCCUAUGAUUACAUUCCAUUUUCGGCUGGUCUCCGAAACUGUAUUGGUCAAAAAUUCUCGAUUCUUAACGAGAAAGUGAUGCUGAUUCAUAUUUUGAAACAUUUCCGUUUGGAACCAAAACUUGGAUUUUAUGAAACGAAACCUUUGUUCGAGGUUGUAGCAAAGCCAUCCCAUGGAAUCCCGAUGAAAUUGAUAAGAAGGUACUGA